CCCCGCUCAGCCACGCACAGACGGUAACCUUGAGGAGCCAACGGGCACAGCCACGCCAUGGCCUCAGCCGCCUCUGUGACCAGCCUGGCGGACGAGGUCAACUGCCCCAUCUGCCAGGGCACCCUGAGGGAGCCGGUCACCAUCGACUGUGGCCACAACUUCUGUCGUGGCUGUCUCACCCGCUACUGCGAAAUCCCAGGCCCAGACCCCGAGGAAGCCCUCACCUGCCCCCUCUGCAAGGAGCCUUUCCGCCCUGGGAGCUUCCGGCCCAACUGGCAGCUGGCCAGCGUGGUGGAGAACAUCGAGCGCCUCAAGCUGGUGUCCACACUGGGCUCAGACGAGGAGGACGUCUGCCAGGAGCACGGGGAAAAGAUCUACUUCUUCUGUGAGGACGAUGAGACGCAGCUGUGUGUGGUGUGCCGGGAGGCCUGGGAACACCGGGCACACACCGUGCGCUUCCUGGAGGACGCAGCAGGGCCCUACAGGGAGCAAAUACAGAAGUGUCUUGAGUGUCUAAGAAAAGAGAGAGAGGAGAUUCAAAGAAUCCAGUCAAGAGAAAACGAGAGGAUACAAGUCCUCCUGUGUCAGGUGGCCACCAAGAGACAGAAAGUGAUCUUCGAGUUCGCACAUCUGAGCCAGUUCCUGGAGGAACAGCAGAGCGUCCUCCUGGCCCAGCUAGAGAAGCUGGAUGGGGACAUCCUGAAGCAACAGGAUGACUUUGACGUCCUGGUCAGCGAGGAGAUCUGCCGGUUCAGCAGCCUGAUCUCCGAACUGGAGGAGAAGAACGGGAGGCCGGCCCGGGGGCUCCUGACGGACAUCAGAAGUACUCUGAUAAGAUGUGAAACCAGAAAGUGCCGGAAACCAGAGGCUGUGUCCCCUGAGCUGGGCCAGAGGAUUCGGGACUUCCCCCAGCAGGCCAUCCCUCUGCAGAGGAAGAUGAAGAUGUUUCUGGAGAAACUCUGCUUCGAGUUGGACUAUGAGCCAGCUGACAUCUGUCUGGACCCCCAGACCUCCCACCCCAAGCUCCUCUUGUCUGAGGACCAGCGGCGCGCCCAGUUCUCCUACAAGUGGCAGAACUCGCCGGACAACCCCCAGCGUUUUGACCGGGCCACCUGUGUCCUGGCCCACGGCGGCUUCACAGAGGGGAGACACACGUGGCUGGUGAAGGUGGACCUGGCCCACGGCGGCAGCUGCACGGUGGGCGUGGUGAGCGAGGACGUGGCGCGGAAGGGGGAGCUGCGCCUGCGGCCGGAGGAGGGCGUGUGGGCCCUGAGGCUGGCCUGGGGCUUCGUGUCGGCGCUGGGCUCCUUCCCCACGCGGCUGGCGCUGGGGGAGCAGCCGCGGCAGGUGCGCGUGUCCCUGGACUAUGAGGUGGGCUGGGUGACCUUCGUCAACGCUGUCAGCCAGGAGCCCAUCUACACCUUCACGGCCUCCUUCACCCAGAAGGUCUUUCCCUUCUUUGGGCUCUGGGGCCGAGGGUCUAGCUUCUCCGUGAGUUCCUGA